UUUUUCUCGAAGAUAGUUUAGAAAACGUUUGAAAAAUACACUUUGCCUUUGACCGGCCAGUUCCCCACUUCUAGAAUUUUUAAAUCAGGCAUCUGCAAUAAAAUAUGAAUCCAUGAUACAGAAAAGUAGAAAAUGUGCAGUUAUGUUGCAAUUAAGAAUCUUGUUAUAAAAGAAUAUUUAAUAGGACAGAAGAAAAUUCACAACAUUGUUAAGCAAAAAAGGCAGAAUACAUCUUUGUAAGGCAUUACCCCAACUUCAAAUAAGCAUAGAUAAGCCUAGAAAAAAUGCCCGAUGAUAUGUAUGUUGUUGUUCAGUGGCUAUGUCGUGUCCGACUCUUGCAUGCCAGGCUUCUGUUUUCCACGAUUUCCUGGAGUUUGCUCAAAUUCAUACCCUAAAGGAUUCCUGACGGUGAUACAUACCAAGGCAUUAAAUGCAACUGGCAUUUUACAUUACAUUUAAUGUAAAUGUAUGAGGUAAGUAUGAGAAAUCUGCGUAUUUUAUUUCCUAUUAAUGCAACAGAUUUUGUGUUUUAGGAAUAAUUGUACAGGAGAACGGAUACAUGGAUGCGUACGGCUGAGUCUCGUCCACCUGAAACUGUCACAACCUUGUUACUCAGCUACACUCCCCAAUACAAAAUAAAGCUUUUUAAAAAUUGUACAAUUAGAAAGUUGCCUGUGUUGAAAAGCACAAGAGUACGUGAAACAGUCCAAGCCGAGAAAACCCAGUAAGUGUUUCGUUGGGAAAGCCAAGGCCACCUGCUAGACGGUGAGUCAGGGAUGCAGACUCGCACCUGCCUCCGCACUCGCCCUCGGGAUGCGGUGCGUUUCCAAGCGCAGCGCCCUGAGUGCCAGGACCGCCCGCGCCCCGGGUCCCGCAGCCACGGAAGCCGGGGCGCCUGCGCUCGGCUGAUUUCUGGAAGCGAGGGCAACCCGUUUUCAAAGUUCACCCCAUCGGGCCUUUCCUUUCCUCCAGCUCUGAACUACCCAGAAGCCGACUGUCUCCGGUCAGCCGUGCCCCCAGCCGCGGCUCAGCCGCUGCGCUAUUCAGGUAAGGCUGGCCUCUCUGCCACCGGAGGUCUGAGCUCUGCCAUGGGGGUAGGGGUGUCUUUACUGCUGCAGUUUUCGCUGACAUCCGGGGGCUACCCGAGUGUGGGCCGAAGCAGGCGCUCCAGCCGCAGAAGUAUCCCCGGGAACAUCCCCAGGAGGAGCUGGGCCAAGCCUCAUCUCCAGCUCCACAGCCUCCAGGAGGAAGAACCGAUGCUGGAACGUCGCUGCAGGGGCCCGGUGGCCAUGGGCCCCGUCCAGCCCCGACUCCUUUCUGGGCCCUCCCAGGAGUCACCCCAGACUCUGGAGAAGGAGCCCCAGGGGCUGAGGUCGCGAGGCACCGCCGCGGCCCAGUCUGGCGGCCAGGCCCUAGGUCGGGCCCAUCGCUGUGCCCACUGUCGGAGGCACUUCCCCGGCUGGGUGGCCCUCUGGCUUCAUGCCCGGCGCUGCCAGGCCCGCCUGCCCCGGCCCUGUCCCGAGUGCGGCCGCCGCUUCCGCCACGCCCCUUUCUUGGCACUGCACUGCCAGGUCCAUGCCGCCGCCACCCCAGACCUGGGCUUUGCCUGCCACCUCUGCGGGCAGAGCUUCCGAGGCUGGGUGGCCCUGGUUCUGCACCUGCGGGCCCACUCGGCGGCGAAACGGCCCAUCGCCUGUCCAGCCUGCGAGAGACGCUUCUGGCGGAGAAAGCAGCUGCGGGCCCAUUCGCGGCGCUGCCACCCCCCGGCCCCCGAGGCCCGGCCCUUCAUCUGCGGCAACUGUGGCCGCAGCUUCGCCCAGUGGGACCAGCUGGUGACUCACAAGCGGGUCCACGUGGCCGAGGCGCUGGAGGAGGCGGCGGCCAAGGCCCUGGGGCCGCGGCCCCGGGGGCGCCCGGCAGUGACCGCGCCCCGGCCGGGCGGGGACGCCGUCGACCGCCCCUUCCAGUGUGCCUGCUGUGGCAAGCGCUUCCGCCACAAGCCCAACCUGAUCGCCCACCGCCGCGUGCACACGGGCGAGCGCCCGCACCAGUGCCCCGAGUGCGGGAAGCGCUUCACCAAUAAGCCCUACCUGACCUCGCACCGGCGCAUCCACACGGGCGAGAAGCCGUACCCGUGCACCGAGUGCGGUCGCCGCUUCCGCCACAAGCCCAACCUGCUGUCGCACAGCAAGAUCCACAAGCGCUCCGAGGGCUCCGCGCAAGGCGGGCCCCAACCGCCCGCCGGCGCCCCGGAGCGCGCCCCGGAACCCCCUCCGGAGCCGGCCCCCGAGGCAGCUGAGGUCUCCGCUGGGCCCGGGCCGCCAGACGCCGCGGCGGAGGCCCCGCCCUCCCUCCACACCUGCGCCGACUGUGGGCGGGGCUUCCGGCUGGAGCGCUUCCUGCGCGCGCACCAGCGGCAGCACGGCGGCGAGCGGCCCUUCGCGUGCGCCGAGUGCGGCAAGCACUUCGGCAAGAAGACGCACCUGGUGGCGCACUCCCGGGUGCACUCGGGCGAGCGGCCCUUCGCGUGCGAGGAGUGCGGGCGCCGCUUCUCCCAGGGGAGCCACCUGGCCGCCCACCGGCGCGACCACGCGCCCGAGCGGCCCUUCGUGUGCCCGGACUGCGGGAAGGCCUUCCGCCACAAGCCCUACCUGGCCGCGCACCGGCGCAUUCACACCGGCGAGAAGCCGUACGUCUGCCCUGAGUGUGGCAAGGCGUUCAGCCAGAAGUCCAACCUGGUGUCCCACCGGCGCAUCCACACGGGCGAGCGCCCCUACGCCUGCCCGGACUGCGACCGCAGCUUCAGCCAGAAGUCCAACCUCAUCACCCAUCGCAAGAGCCACAUCCGGGACGGCGCCUUCUGCUGCGCCAUCUGUGGCCAGACCUUUGACGACGAGGGGAAGCUCCUGGCCCACCAGAAGAAGCACGAUGUCUGAGCGGGCCGGGGCGGCGGAGGCCGAGGGAGGGCGGGCCGGGCGUCGUUCACACUGUGCCCUCUGCUGCUGCUGUCGGCGAGGGGGGUGGCGAGGUGGGGUGAGCCGGCCCCGUUAGGGAGGGAGGUUCCCCGCUGUAAUCAGGGAGUCCACUUGCAGAGCAGGGACCCCGGCCUCCCACUGGUGUUUGCUAAGGUUCGGUCCAGACUAUCCUGUGCCCUGGAAAAGUAGCAAUAGCAGCUCCACCCACCCCUUAGAGCCCUCCGGCCGGAGGGGCCACCAGUGGACAGGAGGACCCCUCUCCUCUGGUGUUAACGCCUUAACGUCCCGUCUCUUUUUAUGAGUUCCUUUGGCUCGUUUUUUUUUUUUUUUUUUGGCAAGUAGGUGUGGUUCAGCCCUUAGUGAAUGAAUGCCGGGGAGGAUCAGUGGAGCAGCUGGACACACCCGGAGAACCUGCUGGCCUUGUUGGGCAGCACCUGGGCCUUUUCCAGUCCUGGGAGGCAAAGCCGAGCUCCUCCAGCCUGCCCUAGACCGGCCCCUCGCUCCCGCCCCUGCACAGGCAUCCAGAUUUGGAGAGACCCGUCUACUGUUAGUGCCGUGGCUCCCCUUCCUCCCCCGAAAGAUCAGUCCUUCCCAGAGCAUCUUCCCACGCUGCUACUGCCUUCAUCCAACCACCCUCCCAGCACUUAGAGCAAUCCCAUGGCUGUCAGCCGCCUUGUGUCAGGGCUUUUGUCCGAGCACCCCAGCCCGCCUUCACUCCCUUCAGAGCUCAGCACAUUGUGGGGAGGACUGCCCCAUUGAUAACAGAAGGCCAGCUGAUGGGAAGUGGGGGUGAGUUUCCCUUCCAACAUUCUAGCGUGUGGAUCCCCAACCUCUGCUUGAACAUUUAGGUGACAGGGAAUCUCCUGAGGCCCUGGUUCUAUUGUAGGAUAAUUCUAAUUGUUAGAAAUUCUUCCUUAUAAUGAAUGAAGUCCGCUUCCCUGUAAUUUCUACUGUUGGGCCUUGUUUGUUCCCUGGAACUAAACACAACCACUAACCCUCCUUUUCCAACUAGAGAAUAAAGAUCUGGUUUUAGA